AUGACGGUGUUGCCUUGUGACUGGGAGCCUCCAGAGGUCAGCAUCUACCCAAAACACAAUGUGGUGCCUGGAGUAAAAAAUAACUUCAUCUGCUUUAUGAAGAAUUUCUAUCCUCCACACAUCAAAGUUAACUGGAUGAGGAACGGUGAGUCAGUGACAGAGGGAGUGUACAACAGCCAGCUUUCAAUGAACACAGACGGAACCUUCAAUUCAUUCUCCAUCCUGACGAGUUCUCCGACUGAAGGAGAUGAAUACAGCUGCACGGUGGAGCAUGAAGCUCUGGACUCACCUCAGACUAGAACAUGGGAUGAACCAGUGGUAAUUCAGAGUGUAACUCCAACGGUGGUGUUUGCAGUGGGAAUUGCUGUUGGAAUACUGGGAUUAGCUAUCGGAAUGUUCUUCGUCAUUAAAGCAUCAUGUUCCUGUUAAGUGACUGUUAUGACCCUGAAGAUUAGUUUCCUUAACAGCAUGUCCCCUUGUGAUUUAUUCCUCUAACAGCUACCACAGCAAUGAUUACAAUUUUGAACCAAGUGAGUUCCUGUUGUCGCUAACAUUAUAGCAGCUAUAAACAGUAGUUCCUUCAUCAGUCUCUUUUUAUUCUCUCUCUUAAAAUUAAUAAGAAAAAAACACAGUU